GGCCCUCUGAAGCAACGGAACCUACUGCUGCCAGCUGUGUCCGGCUGCUGCAGCUGCUGUCCCAGCUGUGGCCUCUGGCAGAAACUUUCCUGCAUCCCCUUCCCCCUCCAACUGGGGGUAGGGAAGGAAGAAAGAAGAGCCCCCCCCUCUCAAACUCUGGGAGAGAGGUGGGGGCAGGUGCCAAGCCAGGCCCUGGGGCCAGAGCCAUGGAACGAGCUGGGCCCCCCCACUGGCCUGGAAUUGGGUCCCUCUGCGUCCUGCUCAGUGCAGGGGCUGCCUGGGCAACCCCUGCACCUCAGUGGGAACUGAAGCAUGAGCCAGUGCUGGAAGGUCCCUUGUUUGAGAGCAAAGUCACUCUCUUGUUGGCUGAAGAGAAAGAGAAGCCCAUGUGCUUCACACAGAGGUUGGAGGACCUGGUCUGCUUCUGGGAAGAGACGGCCAGCUUGGGGUCCAGGAACUACAGCUUCUUCUACCACUUAGAGGAGGAAUUAUGGAAACCCUGCACACUGCAGGUUGUCUGGACAGGAAGGGGCACGAUCCGCUACACCUGCCCCUUCCCCCUGUCUGACGCCUCCAGCUUCAUCCCACUAGAGCUGAAGGUCUUGGCCAUGCCCAAUGGCACGGAGCUCCGGAGGACCAUCUAUAUCAAUGAAGUAGUGUUUCUAGACCCACCCUCUGGCUUAACCGUCCAGCAGACAGAGACCCCCGGCCAGGUGGUCCUUCACUGGUUCCCACCCCCGAUGGCCCAGGUGACCAAAGACAUCCACUAUGAGGUCAGGUACUCAGAAGCGGCUGGCACCACGGAACAGAGGAUGGACGUCCAGGAAGGCAGGACCGACUGUGUUAUUGCCAACCUCCGUGGGCACACUCACUAUACCUUUACUGUUCGGGCGAAGAUGGCAGAGCCCAGCUAUAGUGGCUACUGGAGCUCCUGGUCCCUGCCUGUCACAGUGUUGAUAGCUAGUGAACUGGACCCUCUGAUCCUGGGCAUGUCUGGGAUACUCACCAUCAUUCUGCUCUUGCUAGUCAUCCUGGGCCUCCUCUCACAACGCAGGUUUCUGAAACAGAUGUUUUGGCCCGGCAUCCCUAGCCCAGAGCAUGGAUUCGAGGGCCUCUUCACCAUCCACAGAGGCAACUUCCAGCUGUGGCUGGGACAGAGUGACGCCUGUUUGUGGUGGGGGCCGCUCGGCGCUUACCUGUGAGCGCCAGCCAGGCUGGAGGUGCUCUCCGAGCGCUGUUGGGUGGCCCCUGCUGAGCCGGCCCGGGAAGAGGAGCCCCUGCUGUUGCCAGAGGCCCGCCAGCUGGCCCAGGGAGCCAAGGACGACUACCUCUGUGCUGGACACAAGGGCUGCUGCCCCACAGUCCAGCUGCUGGGCCCCUGGGCGCCGGGCCCCUUCAGCCUUCGGGGCUCAGGCACCAGUGCAAGCCGGCCCUGGAAGGUGCAGGGGGACCUGGCCACAGAGACAGAGGCCAAGUCUGGCUCUUCUUCAAUGGCCUCCAUCUCCACCCUAGGACCUGAGCAGGAAGAACAGGUGUUGGCUGCCAACUUUGAGUACACCAUCCUGGAUCCAGUUCUCAGCUGCCUCUGUCCUCGAGUCCCACCCUCUCUGGCCCUGAGUCCCCCGACCUUCAAGUAUCUCUAUCCCGUAGUGUCAGACUCUGGAAUCUCAGCCGACUACAGUUCUGGCGGCUCCCAGGCCCCUGGCAGCUCACCUGAGGGCCUCUACAGCAACCUGUAUGAGAACAGCCGUCUCCAGCCCAACCCAGAGCCUCUGCCCCCAAGCUAUGUGGCCUUGUUCCUAGUGGGCAGCUUCGGAGGCUGGUUAGUCAGGGCCACAGCUGGCAGCCUCUCCACUAGGAGUCAGCUGCAGGAAGGGAGGAGGAAGGAGGCAGGCUUCAUUCUCUUUCCUUCCUCAUUCUCCCACAGGGCCAUGGGCAGGGGGAAGGCAUAG